CUAAAAUCCCUAAUUUCCCCCUUGAAACCCCCAACUUUACAAACACACCGUCCUCUAAAACUUUUAACUCCAUGCCCAUUGCUAUUUUUGCUUCUUCCCUAUAUAUAUUUUUUUCUGAUGAGACUCUUAAUCUUUACAUACAACAGGAACUUUGUGAUACUAGGAGGAGAGGAGGGGUUCCAAAUGCUCGUUGAUGCCUUGGUUUGGGAUUCAGAUGCCUUACGUUGUUGCAUAUUGCAUCAUGUUCCUUCAACUGGCCAUGCUUGUCUUUGGGAAUCAUGGAUCACUUAAUCUCCUGGGAAUGUUAAAAUCAGAAGCAGAAAAGGUAUUCAACCAGGACAUGUUUUUCAAGAAGACUUUCAAAUAUGUUGGAGAGCCAAUGACCCACUUGGAAUCCAUUGCUUCCUCUGCGCUGAAGAAAAGCCUGUCUUCUGUUCAAAUAAAUGGAGGUGAAACUUUAAAUGUGCAGCACAAUAAGAGCUCUGCUUCUGUUCAAAUAAAUGGAGGUGAAACUAUAAAUGUUGGAGUGGAGGUAGCUAAUUCGGAAGUAGAAUACAUUGAAUCUGAGAACUUGAGUGAUCUAGAAGAUGUUGAUACAUGUCUUAAGAAGCUCUUACCUGGACUUGACUUUAAAGAUUGGAUUCUGGUUGUUGAAACACUCAAUAAUGUUCGUCGAUUAUCAGUAUUCCAUAAGGAAAGAAUGCAUAGUAUGCUGGGUGAUUUGAUCCCUCUUGUAGUUAAGUCCUUGAAGAACCCUAGGUAUGCAUCCUUAUAAUUGGUGUGAAGUCUUUGUAUAACCUCAUUUUCUCUUCGUUGGCUGGUCAUGAUGCCUUAUGAGGUGUGCGAAUUUUUUUUUCAAGUUAUUCGAACUCGAUCACAGUUGUUGUUAAUAAAAGAAGUUGGAACUAGUUUAUCCAUCUACUAGCACGUUUAAAGAAUUAGAGCUAUUGCAUGUCUUGUUCCUAUUGGACUCUGCAUCUGGAACCCACGUGAGAGCUACAAAAUGAUAAAAGUGUUGAUGGUGGAUUUGACAACAAUGAACUAGAAUAUGAAGAAACUCACAAAAUAGUCAUUUUGCCUAGCUGCUUGAAAUUUUCCUUUUCCAUCUGUGGAGUUGCCUGAGAAGGUAAGGUUGGCAGUUGAUGCUAUUUUAAUGGCUGAGGGUGCUGAACGGAAAGAGCAUAUGGGUAUUAAGGGUUUAACGAAGCUUCUAGCAGACAAUGCGCCAAAGGCCAUUAAGGAACAAAAAUUAGAGAGCUAUUUCGGCCGCAAGAUUGCCAUGUAGUUACUCAAAGAAGGCAGAUGCUACUGAGGAUUUGCAAGAAGCCAUGGAGGUACCUUUCGGAAUUCUGUUGCUGGACCUAAUACGUGGAGGCCUCGGACAAUCACGGUUGCGAAAGAUUAUUUCGGUUUUAUUUUCUGAUUUAUAUCUUAAUUAUGGGUGUUGAAUGGUAAUGGUAGCAAAUCAAUUAUGGGUGUUGAAUUACUUUUGAUCAUUAUCUCCAACUAAGGAUUAGGCCUGUUUUGCUUUCAUUCUUUUAUUUUUGUUCUUUAAUCAAUCUCUUUAGUAGUCCUUUCAAUGAGGGUUUUUUUUCCCUGAAACAACAUCGAUGGGAAAAAUAAAUUGCAUUAAUAUAGUUGAUACAUGUAUUUAUCAUUUCCCACACUUUAAUGGGCGACUUAGACUUGCUUUUAAUUAACUUAUUUUCAGCAAAA